CUUUGGUUAGCGCACCGGAAGUUGGCUGCAGGUGUCACAGGAAGUGUGUGCAAGGGAAUAAGAAGAAGCUAACGGAAUUUAAUUGCAAAAAGCCGCUCAAUAUUUCCGACGAAGGAAAACUAGUAUAUAAUAGCUAAAAUGAGUGCUGCUGUGCCCAACCAUCGGAGGACCAAGCCUGGUGGCAUCAAACAGGGGGUUGUGAUCACAGGUGCGUCUGGACCAACCUCCCAGAUCCCUGGUCUGUCCCAGAGUGCGGAUGAAACUUGCCCAGAGGAGAGGACCAGUGGACGGAGAGUGGGGAUAUUUGAGUCUGACUCUGAGUAUGUCAAGCUGGCAAAGGGCGGUGGACACAAAGGGCUGCUUAGUCAUGAUGGUGAUUCCGAGGACAAACCCAAGAAGGCCUACAGUCCUACCAACUGGUUCGGAGGCGAUGAAUCCAAGAGCGGAAGCAAAGCAACGUCUCCUGACAGCCAGAUGAAGGCGGGCAUGCAGCCUCUGGCUGCACCGUUUGGCACUGAUAACGGUUCAACCUGGGAGACUGAUAGAUUUUCCCCUGGUAAAGAUAAGAUGUCUCCUGAUGGCGUCACCGAUCAGCUGGAGGGUCUGACUGUGGCCAACAAAUACAAGCGAACGUGUUAUGAUAAGAAGGCUCCCCCCGUCAGCAUGUCCAUGCUGCUGAGUCAUGGCUACGUUGAGGACAAGAAGAAUUCUCCCAACGAUGACGAUACCUCAAGUGUGACCUCCGAACAGACGAGCACCAUCAUGACGGAGGACGUGGACGACCUGGAUUAGAGCUUGCAGGUUCUCGUCUGGAGGGAAAGGGGGUCCACCUAACACUGGUUCAUGAUUUCACAGAUCCAUGAACACGCCACUUCUCCCUUCUCCAAGUUCACUCUCAUUAAUUGUACAUCCACUGACUGUUAGUUUUGUACUUAUGUUUAUGCAAAGGUACUGUCCUCUCUAUUUAUUUGCUCUGAUUUGUAAAGAGAAUUCACACACAGAUUUUGUUCCGUAGAUGUGUCGGUGCUCGGUGUAUUUUUUAAUUCUCGAUUUCUCGAUUUGAAAGACGAGUUGUGCACAGGGCAGAAAACUAACACUUCAGAUCCACAGAAGCAGGUUUAGUGUGAUUAUUCCACCUGAAUGAUGCUCCUAAACCUGGCUGGAGUCUGGUGUUAGUUUCCCUCCCUGGUUGUAUGAAGAUCGAGUUUGUGAGUUUUCAAAGUAUUUGUGCUAAUGAAAUGUGGUUCCAGUGACGUGAAGUAUUAUUUGUUUUGAUCCAGGGCUCCUGCUCUGUGAAGGGGACGUCGGAGGUUUGUGUGUUCUCGGCUGCGGGGGUUUGAACGAUCAUUCGUCCAGACAGCGACCCUGCAGCCGUGACCGCCUGCCAAGGUGCAUACUGAUGGCCGCAGACGGCACGGUUUAGUUUGGUUUAAGGGGCCAAAACUGAUUUUUCAGGUUUGCUGCUUUGCAAAAGGUUGCACUUCUUUAAUUCUCCCUCGAUAAUCCGGUUGUGUUUGAGUCUUUAAAAUCGAGAAACGUGAAUAUUUAUGACAGCUUUUGUUCAAAGCACCAGAAAAAAAAAACCAAUUUCAACAAAAAAAUGUCUCAAGGUGCUGCAAAUUUCUCUGAACUUUUUUUUAAUGAGGAAUCUCAUCAGUAAACAGAUACCAAAUGUUUGAUGCAAGUCCAAAUUUGUCUGAAUCUUAGACUAAGUAGACUAAAUGUGGGUGUAUUCUGCAUGUUUAAAUCUUAAUUUUUGUGUUAUUGCAGCCUGAUAGCACAGCACUGAUGCAACGACAGAUGAAAUUAAGGAAUGGGGGGAAAAGAACCACCUUUUGCAGAGCCACAGGCUGAAAAGCACGUCCGAUAUCGUUCCCUGUGAAGAUUAACACAGUCGACUUUUAACAAUGCGAGUUCUGAACAUGCCAACCAAGCAGUGUGUCCCUGCUCAUGCAGUGUUUUUGACUUUGUAGACAUCAGUAGGAGAACAUAGUGUUAGUGCACAGCCUGCACACGCCACAACAAACGUCCAUCUCAUGACAUCUUUUUUUUCUUUUAACUGGUUAGGAGUUUAUUCUCCUCUGAUGAGAGAGACGUUUCUGCAGCAUCACUUUUGAAGAGGAGACUUUGGUCCAGUGGUUCAGAAGAUUAGGAUAACAUUUCCAGAUUUAAGAUUGGCAACAUAUUCUAGUCUUAUGUUUCUACUUAAACUGCCAAAAA